UUUUAACGUUAACCGGCUUUGAAAAUAUUAAUAUUUAUAAUCCAGUGUUUUUUAUGUGAAUGUUGUGUUGUUAAUAUUCAAUCGUGACAAAUUUGUGGAUGGCUGCACAAUUUUUCUAGUUUGAAGUGGAACAAAAUCUUUCUUUUUGAAUGUCACGUCCAUUUCUGCAACUUUCUGUUCUAUAUUUUUGUUGAAUAUUUAUUUUACUAUUGUUUAUUGCUGCAAUGUUAAACUUUCGAAACGAAAAAGGGCAGCUUUUGUUCGAAGACAAAUGGCCAUCCAUGAGACCAAUUAUAUUGAAGUUGUUGCAGCAAGAACCCGUUACCCAUAACGAAUGGCAAGAUCUAUUCUAUUCCGUCCAUGUUGUUUGUUUGUGGGAUGAAAAAGGCCCACUCAAGGUCAAAGAUGCUCUCAAAGAGGAUAUUAUGGACUUUAUAAAAAGAGCCCAACAGAGAGUAUUGUCACAUCAAGAAGACCAGGCUCUUCUAAAAGCUUACAUUGCUGAGUGGCGUAAAUUUUUCACGCAAUGCAAUUACCUGCCAACACCAUUCCGUCAAUUGGAAAAUUCGUUAGCUGGAAAAACUUCAGCUGCAAAGAAGCCUCCAAAUGAUGAAAGUAUUGUAAGAAAGUUGAUGCUUGACAGUUGGAAUCAAAGUAUAUUCUGUGAUAUCAAACAACGUCUCCAAGACUCAGCCAUGAAGUUGGUGCAUGCCGAAAGAAAUGGAGACGCAUUCGAUUCUCAACUCGUCAUUGGCGUUCGAGAAUCUUAUGUUAAUCUGUGCUCAAACGCAGACGAUAAGCUGCAAAUAUACAGAGAAAACUUCGAGAAAGCCUACAUUGAAUCGACAGAGACGUUCUACAAGAUGAAAGCACCACAAUACCUCCAAGCGAAUGGCGUCCAAAAUUACAUGAAGUAUGCUGAUGCAAAACUUCGCGAAGAGGAGAUUAGAGCGAGAAAGUACUUGGAACCAUGCAGUGGCUCGGUUCAAGUGCUUACUGAAUGCUGUGUGAAUAUUUUAGUUUCAAAUUUCAAGAAUACAGUUCUGUCAGAAUGUGCCGAAUUGAUAAAGGCUAACGAAACCGAAAGACUUCAACUGAUGUUCAAAUUGAUGGACAGAGUUCCGGAUGGUAUAGUAUCUAUGCUACGGGAUCUAGAAGAGCAUAUUGUCAAUGCUGGCUUGGCAGACAUGGUCGCCUCUGCUGAUGUCAUUACUCAGGAUUCAGAGAAAUAUGUAGAAAGACUGCUUGAACUGUUCAAUGAGUUCAGUGAAUUAGUGAAGAAUGCGUUUACUGACGACCCCAGGUUCCUGACAGCGCGAGACAAAGCCUACAAGCAGGUGGUCAAUGAUACAACCGUCUUUCGAUUAGAGCUUCCUACAAAACAGAGCACUGCAAUGAAAUGUCAGCCCGAGUCAAAGUGUCCAGAACUGUUGGCUAACUACUGUGAUAUGUUAUUGAGGAAAACUCCACUGAGUAAACGAUUGACGUCCGAUGAAAUAGAGAGUAAACUGAGAGAUGUGCUUUUAGUCCUGAAAUAUGUUCAAAAUAAAGAUGUGUUCAUGAGGUUUCACAAAGCUCAUCUAACGAGACGAUUGAUUCUUGACACAUCUGCCGAUUCGGAAAAGGAAGAGAAUAUGGUCGAAUGGCUAAGAGAAGUGGGUAUGCCAGCUGAUUAUGUAAAUAAACUAGCAAGGAUGUUCCAAGAUGUAAAAGUCAGUGAAGAUCUUAACCAGCAAUUCAAGGAGACCUACAGAAGUUGUAAAGGAAGUAUAGCAGAUUCUAUAAAUAUAAAAAUACUCAAUGCUGGUGCUUGGGCUCGCGGCAGUGAGAGAGUGACAGUGUCUCUCCCUUUAGAAUUAGAAGAUUAUAUUCCAGAAGUAGAAGAUUUCUAUAAGAAAAAACAUAGUGGGCGAAAACUUCAAUGGUAUCAUCACAUGUCGAAUGGAACGAUAACAUUUGCAAACGCAGUGGGAAGGUUUGACGUUGAUGUAACAACAUUUCAAAUGGCUGUUUUAUUUGCUUGGAACCAAAGACCUCAUGAUCGUAUUACGUAUGAAAACCUACGAUUAGCUACAGAACUACCUGAUCCAGAACUCAGAAGAACUCUAUGGUCUUUAGCUGCAUUUCCAAAAUUGAAAAAACAAGUUAUCUUGUAUACACCGGAAGUGCAAUCGCCAAAGGACUUUGAUGAGCACACAUCAUUCUGGGUUAAUCAAGAGUUUGCUCUUGUGAAAAAUGGUAAGAUACAAAAACGAGGAAAGAUAAAUCUAGUGGGCCGACUUCAACUUUCAACAGAAAGAAGUAAAGAAGAAGAUAACGAAAGCAUAGUUCAACUAAGGAUAUUGCGAGUACAGGAGGCGAUAAUUAAGAUACUUAAAAUGAGGAAGCGAAUAACAAACGUUCAGCUGCAGACUGAGCUGAUCGAUAUUCUAAAGAACAUGUUUUUGCCGAGCAAAAAGAUGAUCAAAGAGCAAAUCGAGUGGCUGAUCGAGCAUAAGUACAUGCGACGGGAUGAGGACGACAUCAACACAUUCAUCUACAUGGCAUGAUUGCUGUGGACUCGAUUCGUUUGGCCAGCUUUAUUGGCAGCUAUCACUGUCACGUGACAUAUGCACAUGACACGGCUACUAAUCGUUCCUAAAGAUGAUGAUGAUGAUGAUAAUUGUCGUCGCAAGAAAACAAUGCCUGUCAAGUGUGUGAGAUUGGUCGUUUUGUGAAAUGAUCUAAACAGUCGCUGAUUGCUACACUGGACCAGUUACUCGACUAAAUUUUAUAGAACGUUUCUUAUUUUCUGCAUAGAAGUGUGAUGUAUUCAUUCAUCUAGUGAUGUAUAUUAUAUUGAUUGACAUCAACACAAUGAGAGAGGAUUCAACUGGCAUUCGCCUCAAACAACAUUUACCAGUUUUCAGAUGCAAAUUAAUGAGAAAUUGUAUGUGUUAAAAUGCUAAUGAAUUAAUUAUUAUUAUUAUUAAACGAUAAUCCAAAGUUAAAUGCUGUUAACCCUGAAAAUUUCUGCAAAAGUGAUUGUAGGGUUUACAGCUAGAAGGAAAUUCGAUUAGUGCUACUAUCCAAAAAUUAUAUGUCAUCGCGGUAAUCGAACCCGGUACCUCCUAAUUGAAAUGGGCAAAUAACAACUUGCAAUUAGGAGGUACCGGGUACGAUUCCCGGGCUGGCAAAUAAUUUCUGGAUAGUACCUCAUCGAAUUUCCUUCCAGCUGUUUACCCUGUAGUCAAUAUUUGCAGUAGCAGGAGUCUUUGGGGUGGCUUACAGCAUUUAACCUUGGUUUUUUUUCAAUAAUAUUUAUUUAUCAGUUUCCCAAAUUUGAAAUGAACAGACUAGAGGUCAUGUUAUUUCACCUUUUAAGCCCUUAUUUGCAAUGAAUUGCUGCUUUGGGCAUAAAUAGAAUAGCACAGUUUUUUAUGGGAGUGUUCAUACAUGUCAUUCUGGCAAUGUGUGAACACACUUAUUUGAGUCAUUGGGCUAAUGCUAUUCUUUCUGUACAGAAGAGCACUAAUUCUUUAGAAAGCAGGGCUUUUUUAAGUCUGUAACAUGCAUCAUAGUCCAGUCAAUAUAGACAUAAAAAAGGGAGUGUGCUUGCAAUGUACAAUGUAGUUAUGAUUUUCUAAUAUAUUAUUUGGAUACAUGAGAGAAGUCCAGAACCAAUUUUUUCCUUCAAAUUUCCUUGUGCUAGAUACAGUGGCCCAAAAACCUAGUAUUUUCUGUUUAUUUUCCAGUUUUCAGCCAUUUCCGCCAAAUCCAGUAAUCGGACACAAAAAUUUGCUCUCGCCUUAUUUUAGAUUAUAAAAUUCUGCAUACAAUGAGAUCAUUCGGAACUGUCUAUCUUCAAUUCCAUUAAUUAAUAUACAAACAAGCAAUCUAAUCAAUAAUAUGUACAUAAUAUUCAAAAAUAAAAUAGGCCUAUAUGAAAUUUACUACAAAUAUAAAUAAAUAGCAUUUUUUUCGGAAAUUAACCUACUCAACUAUGGGGAAACCCAUGUACUAGAGUACCAAGUCCAAUGAGUACUAAGUUAUAAUUUUUUCAAAAAUGAGUAAAAUUUUAAGAAAAAAUCAACUUUAAUGAAUUUUAGUUUUU